AUGUCAGACAGCAAGACCUUGCGUAACCAACUCCGUAUCAAGACUGGCGUCGUCAACCGACUGGGGAAGGAACAUGCGCUGUAUAUGAAAGAAGCGGAAGAGAACACGCGUAAGGUGGACACUCUUGUCAGUUCCGGCACUGCGGACGAGUGGGAUGUCAAGGCUGCUAAACGACUGCAAGACGAGUCCGGGAGGAUGAUCGUUGAUGUGAGGGAGCGGCUGGAGAAGGCAGCGGACGAUCUGAGGGAUCUUGUGGCGUCGACUGUUGGUGAGCCGGGGGUGGGGGAGAGUGAGGAAUGGGCGAAUGCGGACAAGGCACUCGAGCUGCUGGCAGCGUAA